AGACAACAGCUCCGACGAAGGGCAACCCUUAUGGAAGACCAAAAGAUGCACGGAAUGAUCGUCGCCAUCGCCAUCGGAAUAGCUGUACUCAUAACCGUCAUCCUGAUCGCCCUAUUUUUGGCGCCACCACAACAAAAGCACGCGCGCCAUAAGCCACCACCGCAACCCGCUGAAAGAGCGUACACCGUCAGAGACCAUAGCCAUGGUCGCGAAGAAGUAGCAGCAGAACGCAGGCACGCGAAGAAGCCAAGCCCUCAAGACGAUGAAGACGACGACAUGCGACGGGAGAGAGUGCAACUUGCACCUCAGAAAGCUGUCUCUGAGAGAGCGCCAAACCAAGCGAACGAGGAACAGAAACUCGGCCGGAAAGUCGCCAUACCACUCGAUGUUCUGGCUGCAGCACAGAUGGUUGUACCUUCAGCGGGAAGAAAGAUUCAAAUACUUUACAAAAGCUCCUGGCGUGAAGAGAGCGCAAAGUCGUCAAGGUUGGAACCAACUGACACGCUACCGGCGCAUCCAGUCGUCUGUGUAGUGCACAGCUCAGCAAAGGUCGAAGUGAGAUACCCGCAGGAUGGUCUCUGCGACGCAAUCAUCUUCAACAAGGUCUUCUACCACAGUGGCCAGGUGUCCGUCUCGCAAGGAGAAAACCACACGUACCAGGAGUUCCUUGCGGCAGCGGCGAAGUCAAAGCUCACAGCGUUCAUGUUGGCUACAGACCGGUACUUCGCCGUCUAUGAGACGAUCCCAGCUGCGCCCAGUCUCGAGGCUUUGCGCAAGAUGAAUGUGCGUGGGUUCGGCUUCCUCGGCGUUCGCGUGCAGAGCGCACAGGGUGCACUACUCGAGCACACCACCAGGCUCCUGCGAUCGCAAGUCGAGGACCUCGCUGGCAUGCUGAAGGAGGUGCAAGUGACCGACAGCGUUGUCUUCCUUGGAGUAACAACAGAGGAGCACAUGUUCAAGGACAACGUAGCUACAUCGGCAUUCAAGUCACUCAUCAACAGCGUUCAAGUGCACCUUUUGAUCAUAGAGAACCACCAGCUGAAACAUGACGACUGCCUUGGAAGCCCCAUCACUACCUGGACCAACGCAAGUGGCAUAGCUUUCGACGAGCCGCAGGCGACUGCCAGCUGGAUGACGGAGUCGGGAAUGCGCCCUUCUCUGGCUCACACCGUGGUGGCCUUCUCCUCGUGGAUACCGGCCAUGCAAUUUGUACGCAGCGCAGACGCCACCACGGAGACGUGGAACGGCACGAGGCGAUGUUUCGUCUUCAGCUUCAGUCCAUACGACAAAACAAUAUGUAGCCAUCCGAGACGAUACCACAACAUCAGCGACAUGUACUUCGCCAAAGACGAAGAAAUGCAGGGCGUUUACGUCUACGAGGAUCCUGACAUCCUCAAAGAAAAGGUUAUGCAAGUGAGGCGUGCCAUGAGCGGAGCUACCGCCAACGUCGGCUGGGCCUUUUACGGCCUGGAAUACGAAGCCGAUGACGCCGGCCAAUGCGGGAGCCGCUACGAUCGCAUUUCGGCUGUGAAGACGGCUCUGCGAAGUUUGCGGGAUGUGCGUGCAGUGUAAUUCCGCUGAAUUGAAAUAAUCCUCAACAAAGGCCUGUUAGCUGGAGCGCCUCCAACUCAUACGGCCAAGAUUAAAUUUUCGACGUCUCCGCUGCCCUAAUGUUUUGCUUUUCAGGCGGUCGAUGUUUCACGACACGUUGCGAGUUUUUCUAAUAUAACGUUUUUGAACGUGUCUACAGUAUCACAAAACGUUUUUUUUUACCCUGACGCAUAUGCCUUUCAUCAAAGCGCUUAUAUUAAGGGUUAUAAAAACACUACGUGUACACCCUGCCCGCAUGAGACAUUUUGCGCGCGUCCCAUAAGCCAAUGAAAAUUUUUGAUGUUUCACUUCCGUUUUCGUGUGUCGCGUAUGGGUUUCCAAGACUUUCCAAUAAAAUCUG